AUGACUUCCUACCAGCCUAAAAAGCAGCCCGAUAGCGAUGAGUUGACGGUUAACAUCGCAUUCGCUGAUCUUUCUUCACACCUAACUAAAAUGGGUUCCAUUUUCGAAGUCGGAGCGAAGGAAAUUGGUGACCAAGUGGUCUCAAACUUUCGGUCGCUGACAGAGAGUGAGCGAAAGGAUUUGGACAGUCAACGGGCACAGUUAUCUCGGGUUAACCAGACCAUGGAGGGCACGCGCAAGCAACUAGAGCAGUCCUGGCAGAAAUACGUCACAGCGUACAGAGAAAGGCAAAAGGCUCAAGAAAUUUCAGUGAAGGUAGACCAAGAUAUGCAACUGCCUCGGGUGGAACAACAGAAGGUGAGUUAG